AAAUUCAAGCUGAAAAAAAAAAAUAGUAUCCUUCCUUUGCAACCAAUAACCAUACACCAUCCCGGAACCCUAGCACUCUCUUUCUCUCUCUGCUUUGUUCGCAGUAACUUCCAGUUGGUGGUUGAUGUAUUUGUUAAUUAUGACUGGCAGAUGCACUUGAGGUGCAUGUUGUGAGGUUACUCGAAAGAUGGAUAUUGCAGACAAAAGUUUUGGAAGGGGUAACAGAGAACUUGGAGGCACUCGUGAUCUCAUAAAUCAAUAUCGACUUUGGCCCUACUAUGAAUUCUUUUGCAAGAAGCCACUUCCAGUGUCAAUCUCCGAGACACAUUAUCUUCACAAUGUGGUUGGUGACACAAAAGUCAGGAAAGGAGAAGGAAUGGAACUGGAUCAGCUCUGCCAGAACCCUGAUCCAAGUGAUAAAAAAACUUCCUUAUUUCCUUUUGACUUGGAUGUACUGAGUGAAGCUUUCCAUAUGAGGGAAUCGAGUCCAUUCCACCUUUCUUCAGGGCUCCUAAAUGCAGUGCUCAAGUCAGAGAACCAAUCUAGAGAUCAUGAGAAGAAGAAAAAAAAGGUCAAAGAUAAGGGUGAAAAGUACAAGAAGCAGAAGCACAAACUACAUCGAGUAAAUAAUGGAAGUUGUAUAGAAAACAUCAGAGUCAAAUCCCAUGAUCCCCAUCCCUUGCAGGUGAAGAACCAACAAAACAAGAAAAGGAAGACAGAUUCAAGCAAAGAUCCUUCUGCAUGCAAGAGAUAAAAAUACUAUAAAGAGAGGCCGAAUUUGAGUAUUUUCUCUGUGAAAUAUGUGAUCAAUUCAGAAGCUGAAUGUAAACUAUUUUUUGUCACAUUUAACAUUUUAUGUGCUCUUCUGCAUCCUUUAAUUUCAAA